UAAUAAUAAUAAUUAAUCAAAUCAAAACAAAAAUCAAAUCAUUUCAAUCAUGGCAAAUGACCCAAAAGAAUUUUUAAAGUCUAAAAUGCGUGAUAAAAUCAGCUCUACACCAAAAUCAACAUCAUCGAAUGGUACAAAUUUAUCAUUAUUAGCACAAUUUGAUGAUAUGUUUCGUAUGGUACAACCUACAUUGAUUACAAAAAAUGAACUAAAAUCAUUCAUUGGUUUAGUUGAAAAUUUUGAUAAAUGUCGUAUAAAAUUAUCACAGACUAUUGAAGAAAAUCAACAAAAAGAUCGUCAUAUAAAGAAACUUGAAGAUAAUGUAAUACAAAUGCAACUACGCUGGGAUCGUAUUAAACGUGCAUAUGCACGUGAAAUCAAAGAAAAAGAUUCCAUUCAAAAAUCUCAUGAUAAUUUAAAGAAAAAGAUGGAUAUAUUACGAAAAAUGAUACUUGAAAUGGAUAGUCAAAAAAAUUCAGAAACAAAGACAGCACAAAUUUUAAAUCAAAAUAUUGGACUUAGUAAAUCAACUACCAGUUUGAUUUCAAUAUUAGAACAUGUAGACACUUUGGUACCACAAAAUAAUGAUGAUGAUGAAUCCGAUGAUGGACUUUUAUUUGAUAAAUCUGAUGAUAGUAUCGAUCAUUCAAAUAAACCGGCUAUUACUAUUCGAAAUUCACAAACAUUAUCAAGUGCACCAAUACCAACGCCACCACCACCGCCUCCGCCGCCGCCAAAACCAUCGUCAUCAUUGUCGUCUAAAAAUUGUGGCAAACAAACAGAAGCUAAACGAAUCACAUCGAGAAUGAUAUCACAAUCACGUUUCGAAACAAUUGCAGAAGUUACUGAUGAAAAAGAUUCUAGUAAUGAAUCAGUUUUAAAUGUUGGUUUUUGUUUAAUGCCCAAUAUGUCGGAAGUACAGAAAUCGUUGAUGAAAAAAGAACCGACAUUAACAACAAACGAUAAUGAUAAAUUUCUUAAACCAACAAUGCGAUCUUUAUCAGAAGCAGCUCGUCAAUCAUUAAAUCGACAGCCAUCAACAUCAUUAACACGAACACUAACAAUGCUUCGUAAUGCACAGGCAACACGAUUGGAUGCCGAUCGUUUGGCUAGCCGACCGCAUAGAUUUGUCGAUAAGAAAGCAUUCAAAACAAUAAUGUGUACCGUUUGUAAUAAAAAUAUCGGUUUCUGUUGUUCAUAUGGCGUUUGCAUUGAGUGUCGUGGUGUUUGUCAUAAUCGUUGUCGUGAUAAAUUGCCCAAACCAUGUUUACCAUACAUGUCGACCAAUCUAAGUAUCAAGAAAAUGAUUGCAUUCACCGGAGAUAGUCGUAGGGUUGGUGGUAAAUUUCUUAUUAUUGGUGAUUUUGUACCUGACUCGGUUCGACCAUGUAUACCACCAUUAUUGAUUCAUUGCUGUAAUGAAAUUGAUCGUCGUAUUUGUUUAGCAUUAGAAGAUUCACGAACCAAGGAUGAUUCCUCGGUUAUUGGUGUGUAUCGUAUCUCUGGCACUGAUCAAGAAACACGAGAAUUACGACGAAAAAUUCUUAAAGCAGAAUUCGGUAUGCCUAAUUUAUCGACCAUAAUAUCGGUGAAUACAAUUUGCGGUGUUGUUAAAAUGUUUCUACGUGAUCUUGAUGAUUCACUUAUUUCUCGCAUUAUGUGGAAUGAUUUCUAUCGUGCUUCUGUUCACAUUGUUCAAACUUCAGUAAAAUCAUCACAUUCGAAUAAACCACUCGAUUCAGGUGUAGAUGAUGAUGUUGGUGACAAUGAUAUGAAUAGUCCAAUCAUGGUUCUUAAACGUGUCAUCUGUCAAUUACCAUUGCCUAAUCGUGAUUCAUUGGCGUUUUUGUUUCUUCAUUUACAAAAUGUUGCUAAAGCUGAGCUUGUUACGAAAAUGAAUCGUCAGGCAUUGGCCAAUAUAUUUGCACCAACCAUUGUUGGUAGUUCAGAAUUUCGACAACCAUCAGCUGAAGCCAUGCAACGAGAGAUACCUAAACAGAUUAAUGUUAUGCAAGCUUUGUUCGAAGUGGAUGAAGCAUUCUGGCGUGGAAUACUAAGUGAACAGGAUUUUUGCCCAUUUAAAGAAAAAACUGAACAAUAUGGCCGGAAAUCAAUAUCAUCAUCUGAAGAUCAGGCUGAUUUUUGUGCCAAAUUGGUCGGAAUUUCUUCAUCAAGUCUAAAAGAUUUAAUGAAUCCUGAUGAUAAUGGUAAUGACAAUGAUGAUAAUGAUGAACGACGUAAUCGUGUAUUGCAUGGAAUGAAAUCAUGUAUUGUUACUACUGAACAAAUGAAUACAUCGGCAGUAACCAAGCGACGUUCAAUUGUCAAUAACCUAAAGGAUUCUCUUUAUUAUUUUUUGUCAUCAUUUUUUUUUUAAUUUGAACAUUAACCAAACAAACACCAAAUUUAUGUUUCUGAUUAGUAGCAAUUUUUAAAAAUCUUUUUUUAAUUAAUGAUCAAUUUUUUAAAAAUACAUCAUCAAAUAAAAAAUUUAAA